AUGGACUGUAUUUCUUACAAGCAAGGCGUCCCCCACUUGACAGAUCUACAGCCCCUCAAGACUUCUCUAACCUCACCUGGCUGUUCAAAGCCACUGUUUGCAGAAGUGGCUGCAAAUCUGCUGCUGAAACAGGCUCCAUUAAGCCCCUACAUUGUGUACAUGCUGGAAUGGUUUGAAGAGGAGGAUCGGUUCAUCCUCAUCCUGGAACAUCCGGAACCCUGCAUGGACUUGCUCAGAUUUGUGGUUAACAACAUGCAUUGGGCAAACGAAUUACAGACACGUAGCCUGAUGUAUCAAGCGGUACUCGGGGCCAAGCACUGUCUUGACAGAGGUGUCUUUCACCGGGACAUUAAGUUGAAUAACUUUCUGAUCAACACGACGACUAACCGAGUCCAACUAAUAGACUUUGGCUGCAGUGACCUCGUCAAAAGUACAGGCUACUUAGGUGAUUUUAUAGGAGGAGUCUGCCCGCCUGAAUACUACAAGGACUUAAGAUACAAGGCAGAGCCAACAACCGUCUGGUGUCUGGGUGUAAUGAUGUACACAAUGAUGUGCAAAUGUCGACACUUUAGAAGUCCUGAAGACAUGAUGCAUGGCAGUCUGAGUUUUAACGUUAGAGUAUCCACAGAAUUGCAGAACUUGAUAAGUCGCUGCCUGACUGUUGACCCAACUAAGAGAGCGACUAUUGAGGAGAUCCUACAGCAUAAAUGGUUU